CUGGGUGAAUCAAAAUCUAGCAAGGAUUUGUGGAUAGCCGACCGUAGCAUCCAAAAAAAACAAAGUACUCUUCCCGGAACAUUUCUGUUCCUAAAUUAUUUACCAUUUUCAACCGCAUAAAAUCAUCCUCACCAUGAUUUCCUAUUUUUGCUUCUAUAGGACCCAUUUCAACGACAGUCUCAAAAAUAUUUCCUUUUUCCCUUGUUUCUUCAUGGUAUCUUGAUUUUUCUCCUUUUUUUUUUUUUUUUUUUUUGGGUCACAUUGUUGAUCAUCGUAAAUUCUUUCACCUGGGUCUUCUUCAAACACAAUUCCUUCAGUUGGGUUUUUGAUCGUUUGUCUCACAGUUUCCUCAUUUGGGUUAUAAUCUCAGUUUGUUUUUUGUUCUCUUAUAUGAACUCCUGCUGGUUAUCAGGGGGCAAAUCGUUGAAUUGAAUUCUCCUAUAUAUAUGGCUUCUAUAGGGUCCUCCCUACCUUUUAUCUUAGAGACCAAGACAGAGAGUUCUGUGCUUCUUCAUAUUAAUAGUUAUCACCGACUCAGAUUAUCUUUCUUCAUGUAUCGCCCCAGAAUGUCUGCUGACUCUACUGGUUUCACUGGUUCAGCUAGUGGGUAUUCAGUUUUGGGAUUGUGUAGUGGACUAAUAGGUGGAUGCAGCAGAAGGCGGCUAUGGAGGAAAAAGCCUUCGAGAUUGAUGGCUUUGGGCUCUGAAGAAGGUAGUGAUGAAUCAGAAGAUACGCUUCAGGCCACCAUCGAGAAGAGCAAGAAGGUUCUAGCUAUGCAAACUAAGCUUCUUCAACAGAUUGCGGAAAGAAGGAAAUUGGUUUCUUCUAUAAAAAGUACCAUUGCUGAUUCAGAAGAAGAGAUAGCCUCUUAUGAUCAAGAUGGCAGCUCUUUUCCAAAUAUGGAUCUCUCUGCAGCUGAUGAUGAUGAAAAUAGUGUUGAAGGCCAAAAUGAUAUUGUUGUCUCGAGUAGUUAUGGCCAUUCAACAGAACAAAAACCAGAAACCCUACCUUCUACCACUAGUAAAGGGUUUGUGAUAAACGAGAGGGAAAGCAAAAAACCUCUACCUCAGGAAAAUGCGGCCGCUGCGGUACAUUCUACCAGAAAGUUGGAAGCCACUAGUUUAGACACAGAGUGGUCUGAGCCUCUGCCAUCUUUCCUUACAAACACUCAAUCUUCUGUUCUAGAACAUGAAAAGUAUGUAGAUUUGACAGAACCAAGUUUACAAGUGGAAGAUAAUGGGGCAAGUGAUACAAUGAGUGAAGAUGUAAAACUCCCUCCCUUGGCUGGGGCAAAUGUCAUGAAUGUCAUAUUGGUAGCUGCAGAAUGUGCUCCAUGGUCAAAAACAGGUGGGCUUGGAGAUGUUGCAGGGGCUUUACCAAAGGCUCUGGCUCGACGUGGACAUAGGGUUAUGGUAGUGGCACCUCGCUAUGGUAAUUAUGCGGAACCCAAAGAUUCAGGAGUCCGGAAAAAGUAUAAAGUAAACGGCCAGGAUUUUGAAGUGGCAUACUUCCAGGCCUAUAUCGAUGGUGUGGAUUUUGUUUUCAUUGACUGUUGUAUUUUUCAACAUAUGGGGAAAAAUAUAUAUGGAGGAAAUCGGAUGGAUAUUUUAAAGCGAAUGGUGUUGUUUUGCAAGGCAGCUGUUGAGGUUCCAUGGCAUGUACCAUGUGGCGGUGUUUGCUAUGGAGAUGGAAACUUGGUUUUUAUUGCAAAUGAUUGGCAUACGGCAUUGUUGCCAGUCUAUUUGAAGGCAUAUUACCGAGAUAAUGGUUUAAUGACAUAUACAAGGUCAAUCCUUGUAAUUCAUAACAUAGCUCACCAGGGUCGUGGUCCGGUAGAUGAUUUCUCCUAUGUGGAUCUUCCAGAACACUACCUUGACCUUUUCAGAUUGUAUGAUCCUGUUGGUGGUGAGCACUUCAAUAUCUUUGCAGCUGGUCUAAAGACAGCAGACCGGGUGGUUACCGUAAGUCAUGGAUAUGUCUGGGAGCUUAAAACUUCCGAAGGUGGUUGGGGUUUGCAUGGGAUCAUAAACGAAAAUGACUGGAAAUUGAGGGGCAUUGUGAACGGAAUUGAUACAAAAGAAUGGAACCCUCAGUUUGAUUCCCAUCUAACAUCAGAUGGUUACACAAACUACUCUCUUGAGACACUUAAGAUUGGCAAGCCUCAGUGUAAAGCAGCUUUACAGAAGGAGUUGGGUUUGCCCAUCCGUGAGGAUGUACCCAUCAUCUGCUUCAUUGGGAGGCUGGAUCACCAGAAAGGUGUUGAUCUUAUAGCCGAUGCAAUUCCAUGGAUGAUGGGACAGGAUGUGCAAUUAAUUAUGUUGGGAACUGGAAGAAAUGACCUGGAACAAAUGCUCAGGCAGUUUGAGAACCAGCAUCGCGAUAAAGUCAGGGGAUGGGUUGGUUUUUCUGUAAAAAUGGCUCAUAGGAUAACUGCUGGUGCGGACAUUUUACUUAUGCCAUCAAGAUUUGAGCCUUGUGGACUGAACCAACUAUAUGCUAUGAGCUAUGGGACAAUUCCAGUUGUUCAUGCUGUUGGUGGACUUAGAGAUACUGUGCAGCCUUUCAAUCCCUACAAUGAAUCAGGGCUUGGUUGGACAUUUGAUAGUGCUGAUAAAAAUAAGCUAAUACAUGCAUUAGGGAACUGCUUAUUGACUUACCGGGAGUACAAGCAGAGUUGGGAAGGACUCCAGAGACGUGGGAUGAUGCAAGACCUUAGUUGGGACCAUGCUGCUCAGAAUUAUGAGGAGGUUCUUGUUGCAGCCAAGUUCCAGUGGUGAUUAGUCGUUGCUGCUUGAUGCCUACAAUUCCAACUUUUACAAGGCUCCUAAGUACUCCAGAAUGUGCUAGGCUUGUCUAUAUCGGGAAAACCUGGGAAAGUACCUAAUGAAAACAAUUUUGGGGUAAAUAUUGUUAAGAAAUUAUUUUUCUCCUUCUUGCCGUCUUAAAUGCCUAGUCAAAGCAGUCAAAACGAAUUCAGUCUCUACUAGUGGAUAGUGCUGUUUAGCUUAAAAAAUAAAUGUACUUGUUGAACAUGUUAAUUUAAAGCAACCUGAGUUGAAUAGAAAUGGCACUUUCUUUGCUA